AUGACGGGAAAUUUGAUGCUUGCUUUCUACCUCAAUCACGACACUCUUUCCCAUGCGACAGACGAAUUUGAAGUUUUUAAGAUUCUGGGUCUCAAACGCUUUGGAGGAGGACUGUGGCCGCGGUUCAGGCACAAUGUUGAUCAUGCAUGCCCCCAGCCACAAUAA